AACAACUGAAACUAUGAACUAAAGAGGAUUGUAUCCGCCUCAGGGGCAACUCAAGUGCCCUCGACAUCUCAUAUUCAAUAAUUUUUUUGUUUCCCUACACGCGUACUGUUUGCGUUUACAAUUGAAACUUUUUUUUUUUUUAAUUACCACUUUAUUUUCAAGUACUUUUUUAAAGUUUCACCUCUUUAAAAGUUUUACACAAUGGCUUCAAGUGUGACACUUGAAAUAACUAACAACGAGCUGGUCCACAUCCUGAGGACCCCCCGGGAUCAGUACACCUCCAACGGAUGCGUGGUGCUGGACUGCAGACCUUUCCUCGACUUCUCCACGUCGCACAUUUGCGAGUCCCGAAACGUCAACUGGAACUCGAUGCUGCGCCGUAGGUCCAAAAGCUCGGUGGUUGCCCUGGAGUGGCUCAUCCCGGACAAGACGCUCCUGAGCCGGCUGCGUAUCGGGGAGUUCUCCCCGGUGGUGGUGGUGGAUGAGAGGAGCAGCUCUUUGACCGAGCUAAAGUCGGAGAGCGUGGCCCAGAUGUUGCUCACCGCCCUGCAGAACGAGGUCCAGACGCAAAUCUGCUUUCUGCAAGGUGGAUUUGAGGGAUUUUCAGAGGCCUUUCCAGACCUUUGUUACGAUUCUGGCAUCAACCACCUCCCUUCAGUGGAACCAGAGCCAACAGUGACAGGCCGGAGGACUCCUGCAUAUGACCAGGAUGGACCGGUGGAGCUGCUGCCCUUUCUGUUUCUGGGCAGUGCCAUUCACUCCUCCCGCAGAGAGACGCUGGCUGCAGCAGGUAUCACAGCUAUCCUGAACGUGUCCUCCACCUGCCCAAACUUCUACGAAGGAGAGCUUCAGUACCUUCGACUCACUGUGGAGGAUACGCUGGUUGCCGACAUAAGAGCCUGCUUUCACACAGCCAUCUCUUUCAUUGACUCUGUGAAAAAGAGCGGGGGUCGGGUACUGGUUCAUUGUCAGGCAGGCAUCUCCCGCUCAGCCACCAUCUGCCUGGCCUACCUUAUGCACACGCAGCGCGUCUGCCUAGAUGAGGCCUUCGAUUUUGUCAAGCAGCGACGUCACGUCAUCUCCCCCAAUUUGGCUUUCAUGGGACAGUUGCUGCAGUUUGAGACCGACAUCCUCUGUCAGGGAUGAAAGACCAGGAGCGGCGAGGAGGGAGGUCCUCAACCCACAAUGUUGUGGCAGACUCAGCUUCUUAUCAGGACUUACACAAAUUAUCCAUUUGUACAGAAAAUGGUACAUUCAACAAGGAUACAGAGAAAAGCUACUUGUGCUGCUGGCAUCACAUGACUAGAUUCUUUUCUUAAAGCAGAAACUGACAAAUGUGUUACUUGUUCAACAAAUUGUGGCCGGCAGCUUAAAAACCUGCUAUAAUGAACUUGAAAAAUGACUACAGUCCAAGAGUGGCAGGUUGGAGCAGCUACUGGGUACUUUCCCUUAGAUUUUACUGGUGACUGAGGUUGUUCCUGUGUGUGUGUGUGUGUCAUUUUGAGACUAGUGUGCUUGUUAAUUUGGAAUGUCUGUUUUGCUUUCAUACUGAAGCCACUGUGACAUGAUCCUUGAGACAGCACUGUGUUAACUACUUAAAGCAAUAUUGAACAAUUCUCAGAAGUUACAAAAAUGCAUUAACUACAGUCUGUAAAUAUGAGGUAACGCAUAUAUAGGUGGGAAACAGUUUUUUUGCAUCAUGUAAAUAGUGUUUUUAAUUAUUUAAGGUUUGCAAUAACAGUGUUACAGUUUUUCAAAUGUGUUACUGCACUUUAAACCUGCAAAUUUCAACCUAUUCCUGUUUCUUUUUUUUUUCCUCUCAAAUAAAAAUUUGCAGGAGAA